AUGACCAGCGCGGCCCAGUGCAGCUUAGGCAGUCGACAGGCGGUGCCAGGAGGGCGCCUGGCGGGCCGCAGGAGCGGUCCCGUGGUGCGGCCUGCAGCAGCCCCCUCCGCCCGGAGAACCCAGCGGGUCAGCGCGUUGGGCGGGGCCCUGCUGGCGGCCUCUGCACCCUCAGCGGCUGGCUUUGUGGUCAACGCGGCGUCCGCUGUCGCCUGGUCGAGCGUGGCCUUCUUCGCCGGCAAGCUCUUCCUUCAGCAGCAGAGCCAGGCCGAUGACGGCGCACGCAAGGAGUGCGAGACGUGCGGCGGGACGGGCUAUGUUGAGUGCUGGUGCAAGCGCUGGAGCGACGGCGACGCACGCGGCUGCGGCACGUGCCGCGGCAGCCGCCGCAUGAUGUGCAGCAGCUGCUCGGGUGGUGGCACAGCCGUGCCGAUCGAGGCCCGCAUCACAAUAAGCCCCGACGAGCACAUCAGCAACUUUCGGCGGUACAAGUAA